GCGCACCGCGUGCCGCAGCUCCAUGCGAUCCCGAUGGACGCGAUCGCGAGCGGCCGCCUCAAGAGGAAGUUUGAGGAUGCGGACGUGGGAUCCCCGGCGUCCAACUCGGAUGAUGAAAUCUCCAACAGCGACAGCGCCGACAGCUGCGACAGCGUCAACCCCUCCAGCUCCAGCGGCUUCAUCCCCACCUCCAUCCUGAAGAGGCAGAAGCAGCUGCGCAGGAAGAAUGUGCGCUUCGACCAGGUGACGGUGUAUUACUUCGCCCGGCGCCAGGGCUUCACCAGCGUGCCCAGCCAGGGUGGCAGCUCGCUUGGCAUGGCCCCGCGACACAACUCGGUGCGCAGCUACACGCUGUGCGAGUUUGCACAGGAGCAGGAGGUGAACCACCGCGAGAUCCUGCGUGAGCACCUCAAGGAGGAGAAGCUGCACGCCAAGAAGAUGAAGCUCACCAAGAACGGCACGGUGGAGUCGGAGGAGGCGGAAGGGCUGACACUGGAGGACAUCUCAGACGACGACAUCGAUGUGGAGAACGUGGAGGUGGAUGACUACUUCUUCCUGCAGCCCCUGCCCACCAAGCAGCGGCGGGCGCUGCUCCGUGCCUCCGGCGUGCACCGCAUCGACGCCGAGGAGAAGCAGGAGCUGCGCGCCAUCCGGCUGUCACGAGAGGAGUGCGGCUGCGACUGCCGCCUGUACUGCGACCCCGAGGCCUGCGCCUGCAGCCAGGCGGGCAUCAAGUGCCAGGUGGACCGCAUGUCCUUCCCCUGCGGCUGCUCGCGGGACGGCUGCGGGAACAUGGCCGGCCGCAUCGAGUUCAACCCCAUCCGCGUGCGGACUCACUACCUCCACACCAUCAUGAAGCUGGAGCUGGAGAACAAGCGGCAAAGCGCGCGGCCCGGCGACGAGGAGCUGCAGGGCGCCGGCAGCUCGUGGCCCCCCGGCACGCAGCCCCCUGAGACGCAGGACUUCCAGGAGUUCAUGGCCGAGAACGAGACAGCCGUCAUGCACCUGCAGACCGCCGAGGAGCUGGAGAGGCUGAAGGCCGAGGAAGACUCCAGCGGCGGCUCCGGCGUGGAGAGCGUCGGCGUCUGCAUCCUGGAGGAGCCGCUGGCCGUGCCGGAGGCGCUGUGCCCGGGGUUGGCGGCCCCGAUCCUCAUCCAAGCGCAGCUGCCGCCGGGAUCCUCCGUGCUCUGCUUCGCCGACGGCGCCGAGCAGCCGGCGGCCGCGCAGCCCUACUUGAACGCCGCUCCGCUGCUGUACUACCAGGUGGAGCCGCGCUCCGCGCCGGGCCCCAAGGGCGAGAACGGUGCCGACGAGCGCCCCAAGGACACCGGGACCGACGCCACGGCCCCCGCAGCGCCGUGCAGCCGCGCCGCCCCGAGCAAAGGGGACGGGGCGAAGGGCGCGGGGCCGGAGGGCGCGCAGAGCUGCGCUGCGUCGCUGGGCCCCGCGGCGCCCCGCGAGGCGCCCGGCCCCGAGGAGCCCCCCCGGGGGGUGUGA